UGGGACAAGCAUGAGGCCAUGUUUUAACUGGUGAGCCAUUUUGAGAACAUGAAUAUUGCAGGUCUGCCAAUUCCUUGUCUGAUGAGUCCUACUGAAUGACGUGUAAGAUGAAAUGGUGGAUUUGGAGAAGCCUUUGAACUGUGGCCUAGUUCUGGAAACCCUCAAGACUCACAAGACUCAGUGAUCACACCACUAUCUAGACGCUCUCUGCCAGAUGAUGGAUUAUGCCAAGAAGUCCCUCAGUCUCUUGACUCCAACCUCCCUCUCCAAGUGUGUGUCAGCCAGCAUGUCAGCGAGUGCUUCAGUCACCCAGCAGCUUCUGUCAGGUCGGGCUCCUCGGCCCAAGCCCUUUCGCGUGACAAGUGCUGACCGCAGUGUGAAGAAAGGUAUCAUGGCAGACGGGCUGCGAGACCUGAUCAACAAGGUCAUGGACUCGAUGAAUGUGCCCUGUGUCAGUGCCAUGGUGCUGGAUGAAGACGGCACGGACAUUGACACAGAGGAGUUCUUCCAGACGCUGCCUGACAAUGCUGUCCUCAUGGUCCUGGAGAAGGGACAGAAGUGGACCCCAACCUUGACCAGCCCUCCCAAGGUACAGCUCACUGAAAGCAGGCCCCAGCACAGGAAGGACGUGGCUAAGCUGACCUUUGACCUCUACAAGAACAAUCCCAAGGAUUUUAUUGGCUGCCUGAAUGUCAAAGCCACCCUGUAUGGUGUUUACACUGUGUCGUAUGACCUGCGCUGCUACGCUGCCAAAAACAUGCUCAAGGAGGCGCUGCGGUGGACGAUCUUCUCCAUGCAGGCAACGGGCCACAUCCUCCUGGGCUCCUCCUGCUACAUCGAGCAGCUGCUGGAGGAGGAGGAACGAGCGGAGGGGAAGAGCCUGGCGCUGCCUCAGGAAAGCAAGAUCAGGCAGCUGCAGAGCAUCCUGUUGGGCAAGGUCUCGCAGUGACGCUGGACUGGAGCUGACCCAAAAACACUUGCACGCGCUGUCUGCUCUGAGAUCACGGCGGCUUUCAGGAUGUAGGAACAGAAGCGGUGAAGUGACACAAGGUUGAUUGUCACGGUUACUGGAACAGGUGCUUCGUACCUGUCCAUGUCACUUUCUUGCUGUACAGUUAUGGAGACAUGAGAGACAUUGUAACGAUCUCUUCUGGUGGUCAUUUGCUUGCUCUGUUACAUUGGUAUAUUUUCCCCUCUUGUGUGUAGAAGCCAGCACCACAGAAGUUAUUCAACACAACGCACUUUUGCUGUAGCCACUGAUGUUGUGAUGUUAUGUAAUGCACUUAGCUUUUUUUUUUUUU